GUUCUUUCGGUGUUCAGUGGUACUGCACUAUAACAUUAGUUGCUGCCAUUCAGCUACGUAAGGGCUGAUAAGAUGAGUGAGGGGAGCAGCAGAAACUCCAGGAAAGGGAGAAAGGCCGGGCGGGCGGCUGGAAGGAGGGCGCUGAUCUCCAAGAGUGUGCAGAGUGCCCAGCACUGUCUGGAGGAACAGGAUUACGGGACAGCAUAUGCCCACUUCCUGCUGGUGCUCAGCCUCGCUCCUGAGCUCAGGGAUGACUUCAAGGAGACGUUUCAGUACACACUCUUGAAAUGGGCUGAAGAGCUGUAUGCUAUUAACCGGAGUGAAGAUCUGUUUAGUUGCUAUGAGCAGGCCUUAGAGCUUUUUCCUACUGAUGAUGUCAUUUGCAACAGUAUGGGAGAGCAACUGUUCCGACUGGGCUUCCGAGAUGAAGCAGCAGGUUAUUUCUACAAAGCUGUGAAGUUGAACCCACGUUCUUUGGACGCCAAAGAAAACUUCUACCGUGUUGCAAACUGGCUGGUCGAACGGUGGCAUUUUGUCAUGCUCAAUGAUACCAAGAGGAAUCUAAUGUAUCGGAAAGCCGUCGAGAAAGCAGUCCAGGCUGGGUGCAAAACAGUUCUUGAUAUCGGGACUGGAACAGGCAUCCUGAGCAUGUUUGCCAAAAAGGCCGGGGCCCUGCGAGUUUAUGGCUGUGAGCUCUCAAAGACCAUGUAUGAACUUGCUUGUGAGGUGGUGGCAGCCAAUCAAAUGGAAGAUGGGAUCAAGCUUCUCCACAUGAAGUCCUACGAUAUACAAAUCCCCCAAAACAUCCCUGAAAAAGUUUCUUUGGUGGUCACAGAGACUUUAGAUGCUGGUUUAUUUGGAGAAGGCAUAGUUGAGACUCUCAUUCAUGCUUGGAAGCACUUGCUUUUAAAGCCAAAGCCUAAAGAAGAAGCAUGUGGUGAUGGGUAUGGACGGGUAAUACCUGCAGGUGCUGUGAUUUACGGCAUGGCAGUAGAGUGUCAGGAAAUACGCAGACAUCACAGAGUGGGUGUGAAAGAAGUGGCUGGUGUGAAACUAGGAGAAGAAUUGCAGUUCUGGAGUCCUGUUCCUGGCAACCAUAGAUCUGAUGAUGUAACUGAGCCGUACGACACAGAGAAAAUGAGCAGAGUUCCUGGAGGUUAUAAAAGUCUCAGUCAGCCCUUCCAAGCACUUACUGUAGAUUUCAACAGUCUGCAGGACUUGGAAAGUAUUGUUGCUGGGAAGUCUUGCAGUGUAUCUGUUCCUGUUCUUGAAGAAGGCCAGCUCGAUUGCUUUAUAACUUGGUUUGUGCUACAUCUAGACAGUGAAAACAGCUUGUCCACUGGACCUAGUGAGGAAACCUGCUGGGAACAAGCUGUUUUUCCUGUGCAAAAUGUUCCAGAUGGUGGUUACAUUGUCAGACCUGGAGAGAUUAUAGAAGUAGCUAUUUCCUGUCCAGAUUGCUAUUUGCAAUGUGAUCUUGCUAGAGUUUACAAAGAUGGAGAGCUUGCAGGUGGUGCUGGUAGCAGUGACCAGUCUGAGAACAUGGUCCUGGAAAACGAAAAUGAGCUGUGUGAUGCGCUAGCCAGCCUACAUACCACCAGUCUCCAGGAUGUGGCACGGGAGCGGUGCGUUUUGGAAUCCGGUGAAAUUGCCUUACUGAACAAUGUUCUUUAUCAUGAGAACUUCAAGGCUGCAAUGGAAAAGGUUGUCUCCUCAUUAUCACCCAAAGAGAACGGCUUUACUUGGGAUAGAAGCACUGCCUCUGCUGCAAAUGACCCACUAUACAUUCUGGAUGUUUCUGAAGGAUUUUCCAUUUUGCCCCUGAUUGCUGCACAGCUUGGACAUGUCAAGUCCUACAGUUCUGUUGAGAAGCCGCAGCAUCGUGUAGCACUGGAGAAACUUUUAGAAAUCAAUGGACUUGCUAAGGACAACCUGGUGUUUUGGUUGAGCCAGUUAGAUGCAGAUGGUGACGUUUUACAGAGACCCAACUUAGACAAGCUGUGGAGCCUCAUCAUUCUUGAUGUUGUUGAUAUCUGUGGUCUAAUGAGACAAGAGGUGAUGGAAAAAGCUGCUAUAGCUAGGUGUUUGUUACAGUCUGGAGGCAAGAUAUUUCCUCAGUGGAUCAUAAUGCGUGGCUUGCUUAUAGAAUCACAUGCUUUAACACGAGAGAGUGCUGUGCAAGGCACAGAUCCUACACUUGGCUUUCUCAUAGCACCUUCCAUUAAUCGGUUCAAGGUCCCCGUUCAUGUAUUUCUGAAUCUAUCUGCUCUUCCCUGUACUCCUUUAAGUGAGCCAGUAGACCUAUAUAAAUUGGAUCUGAUGAAUCCUUGUUCCAAUUACAACUCCAAUACUGAAAUUAAGGUGCGUGUCUGUAAGUCAGGGCACGUGACGGCUGUGUCUUUUUGGUACCAUCUUUAUCUUGAUGAGGACUUUAGCCUAGAUACAUCUGGCGAAACCUCUCAUUGGAAACAAGCUGCAUUUGUCUUAGAAAACCCGCUCGAUGUGGUUCAAGGGGAAGAACUUUUGCUUGAUGUCCAGAUCCAGAACAGUAACAUCAGCAUGACAUUAAACAGGGCUCGGUAACAAACAAGCAGCUCGGUACUGCUGCCACUGUAGAGACAAUGCUUUAUAUUCACAUUCCAAAGACUGCAGUGUAUGAAAGUAUCGUGACAAGCAGAAGUCUUGCUGUUCCCAUUUAUUUUAUAACUAGAUUCAAAAAGACAAAAAAUGUCAAUUCUAUACUACCCUUGUAACAUACCAUAUGUUUUGCUGUAUGUAAAUAUUAAAUUA